CGUGCCUCGAGCCAGCGCUGAGCGGAGCCUGUCUGCCAACAGCUUCAGCAGCGGCUCUAUCUGGACCCCACUACACUCACUGACAAUUAAAGGAGGCCCCUUUUUCUUCUUAUUUCCGAGGACUAUUCUUCACCAUGGGCGACAAAAAGAGCCCUACCAGGCCAAAAAGACAAGCCAAACAGACCGCCGACGACGGCUACUGGGACUGUAGCGUCUGCACCUUCAGGAACACCGCCGAGGCUUUCAAAUGCAGCAUCUGCGAUGUGAGGAAGGGCACAUCCACAAGGAAACCCAGGAUCAACUCCCAGCUGGUUGCCCAGCAGGUGGCUCAGCAGUACCCGAUGCCUCCCCCGCCCAAGAAGGAGCGGCGGGAGCGGAGCGAGCGCACAGACAAGGAACGCCCGGACGGCGAAGGAGAGCGUGCCAACGGCGAGGGGCGCCCAGAGGUAGAGCGUCCAGAGACAGUGAGGCCAGAGGGAGACACUCCUGAGAAGGAAAAGUGCGACAAGGAGCAGCCAAUCAAAGACAAACCCGACACAGAGAAGGACAUCAUCCCAGCCGUCACGAAGAAGCCCAGCAUCAAAAAGACCAGACCCAAAUCAGACAACCAUCAGAGCCCACCGAGUGACAAACACAGCAUACAGUCUGGCAAAUCGGCAACCAAGACCAACAAGAACUCUCACAUCUCCAGGCCCAAACUGAAGAACAUUGACCGGAGCACCGCCCAGCAGUUGGCUAUCACCGUAGGGAACGUGACGGUGAUCAUAACAGACUUUAAGGAGAAGACCCGCUCCUCCUCCACGUCCUCGUCCACCAUCACGUCCAGCGCAGGCUCCGAACAACAGCACCAGAGCUCCGGCUCCGAGAGCAUGGACAAGGGCUCGUCGCGCGCCUCCACACCUAAAGGGGAUCUCUCUGUGGGGCACGACGAGUCGUUCUGAGGCCCCCGACUCCUUUGCCCCUCCCCCCAUCCUCACCCUGCUCCACGCCCCCUCUUCCCCACGUUUCUGGACACGAUGGAUCCCACAGGGGGAGAGAUUUCACAUUUUCCCAUUGUUGCCCUGCCUCCAUUCCAUGACCAACCCUGGAUGUUGAGAGGAACAGUGCAGUGCGCCCGCUGGGGGAAAACUCCCCUCCUGGUUUCACCCAUGCCACAGGCGAGGAGAGCUGGGCUACAAGGAAUAACGCCACCCAUCCCCAACCUCCCCCGCGGUAGCAUCCAGACACUUGUAUGUAUUGUUUUAUAUUCGUACGUGGAUGUGAGGCCAAGUCGACAUUUUUUUUUUUGUUUUGUUUUGUUUUUGUAAAGAAGAAUUCUCCGCUGGGCACAAUAACCACCAUCAUUUCAAUAACUUUAAACUAUUAUUACCCUUAUUUAUUACCUGUUGCACCUGUAUACUUUGAUGUUCUCCUUUUUAUGUUGAAGCUUUGCUGUGUAGCUCUGCCGAUCGAUCAUUCCUUCAGUGUUUUUAUUACAGUUUGAAAAUGAUAGGACAAGACUCGAGUCACACAGACGGAUAGACACACAGACAUACACACCCACACACACACACACACACUGGUGCUAGAUACACUGUGAAGCGGUUUUGCAGAUCUGGGAUUGCCCAUUCACUCAAUGUGACAAAGUGCUGAUGAAUCAAAUUCUCAUUCACUUUUCUCAACAACACUGUCUCACUCUGAACACUGUCGGGACCCUCGUCUGGUCCGUCUACUUGUUCUGUACAGGUCAAUGUGCAUCAGAAGAAGGUCACCUGAGGUUCACACACCUGACUUUUUCAACUAGAUUGUCUAUGAUUUAGUAUGCUAUAGCAAAUCUCUUCUACAGUAUCUUAUGUCCUUAACUGUACAGUGUAGGCUGUUGUGUAAAACACUAAAAGCUGUUGAUAUUUUCUGCAUUCCGUACUUCGAUAUUGAGUUUCCUGGCCGAAGGUAGAGCUGUCCGCCCAGCUCUUGAGCCGGAGUUUUUUUCUGUUGUGACUGAAGGAUGGUUGCACACAGUUCCACGUGGUAAAACCAUAUCGAGCUGUAAAAUAGGCCUAUUGUGUCAAGCUGUUGUGAAUCAAUUUCGUUUUUUUCUUUUGUUGUGGUCCUGAAGACAACUUUGAAUCUUCAUCCUCUCAACCUGAAAACAAGUGCAAAGACGUGAACAAUUUGCAAAGAUUGACAAUUCAAUUGAUUUUAUUUUAUUUUUUUAUUAUUAAUUUAAGACUCCUGUCAUUGAAGGCAAAAAAUAUUGCAGUAGUUAACGGAACAUAAUUGCUCUUUCAAUUUUUAGAACAGCAAGGCUUAUUUAAGGGUUUUAAUUCACUUCCACCUUAGCUGACACUAGACCAACAUAAUUUCCUUUUAACUGUAUGAAAUUGUAUAAAGAAUAAAUGUGUAUAUGAUAUCUUAGUUUUAUUUAUUGAAGGACCAAAGGAAUUUCAUAAUGACAUGAUAAAUAGACAGAUAAAUAACAAUUUGAAAAUGCAAUUAUCUAAUGUGUGAGAUGAAUAACAGUUUAAAUAAAGACUAAUAUAAUCCA